AUGGACGAUGAUCUAACUUACUCCAGUAAUACAGGUGUGAACUGGUUGAUAUACCAGGAGGGACAGGGAAUGUUUUGUUUGUUGUGCAGAAGACAUAGCACAUCAGAUAACCAAAACAAGAGCAAGUAUAACCUCGAGCCAGCAAUUAGAUUUAAAUGGAAAGCAUUCGAAGAGCAUGCCAAUUCACAACAACAUGCAGCAGCCAUUACAGCAAAACUUCUCAGCAGAGUGUCAACUUUUGAAGAAGUGAGAAAAAUUGAAGAUGCUAAAGAUGACGUUUACUACAAAACGUUGCUUACUAUGAAAUGGAUUUCCAAAGAGGAAAUCUCCAACAAGAAGUUCACAAGUCUUCUGGAACUUCUUCAGCAGGUAAGUCUUGAAGAUAUCAAGUAUUUCAAACACCGUUCAGCUGGUUCAGUCAGGGAGAUGUUUCUCCUCAUUGGUAGCAUUUUGAAAGCACAGUUGGUACAUGAUAUAUCAAAAGCCAAAUGCUUUGACUUCUGA